CAUUGCUCUCUUGAGUCACCAAGUACUUUCAGACACGCUCACACACUCAUCAGUCACACACACACAUGCACACACUCCACAGCCUGGCAGCCCGCACAGACAGCACACUCCAGGAUGACAUUGUACUGACACACUGCUGCAAGGAGAGCUCAUCAGGUGAGUCUGAGCCUGUGACUUUGGAUAUGUUGUUUCUUUCACGGGUGGUUAUCCUGAGUUAACAUUAACAUCAGUGUUUAUUUAUAUUCAUAACUUUCUGCAGAAUUGAUCAGGUCUGUACAUUUGACCUCCACUAAGAGAUGGCUGCUGAGACUUUUGUGCUCCUGAAAUAGAUUUUACACCGUUUUAGUCACUGACAGACUUUCGAGAGAUUGUGUAACCUGUUGAUUUAGUAAUAGAGGGAAAUCAGACUAGGCUUAUUAUUACGGGACAUUCUCAGCAUCCUGUUGUGUAAAGACCUCUUAAUGAUGUCUGCUCUCUUCAUAUCACCUAUUGUUUGCUCAAGAAGGUGUUUUGCUAUGGAGGGGUCGUAAACUCUUUCACAGCCAUUCGCAAAUGUUUUCCUGUCAUGCACUCCUCUCAGAUAACCGAUCCACAGUAAAAGAAGAGAAAUGGAAAAAAACAGACGGAGUAAUGAGGUUUGCCUGAAACAAAGCUUUACUGUAUGAAAAUGUGGGGAAAAAACGUGAGGUAAAAGCUGUUAGAAAUGCACUGUGUGUAAGUAUGCACUGUCAGAGAUAAUAUUAUAUCAUUUUAUUUGUGUAUCAGGUGUAAAUUAUAUCUAAUUUUGGAGGGAUUUUGCUUUACAUGACUGCACACAUGUACCAGUAAAGACAAAAAUGAAAAAAGCAACAAAAACUGACAUGAGCUUGAGGGGGAAAAAAUAGAUUUUGUUUUCAAAAAGGUGAAAAAAAUGUGAAACAUUCACCAAUUCUUACUCAUUUUCUCUUUAACCUUUAACAAACAUUUUUACCUACCUUUUUUAUACAAAAGUAGAAUAAUCUGAAAGCAGAGACACAAACUCUUCCUUGCAGGAUUUAGAUAAAGAGAAGAACAGAGUUCAUGUUUUGAUUCAUGAGGAAACACGGUGGAGAUUGUACUGAACCGUAAGAUAGAAACACAACCCUUAAGUAUCAUGUAAAUCCACGAUUAGAAAGGUAGAAUUUAAACAUUUUCCCUCUUUAGCUGUAGAUGCACACAGAGAAAGAGUUUGAAAGUUAUUUAACGGAGGAAGUUUGGGUUUGUGUCAAUUUUUCCACCCCUCUCAGACAAAGCAGUCUUUUCUUAUCUUGUCUUAUAUCUGCUAAGGUAGGGUCUUCUGAUAAAAAAAAAAAGAAAAAAAAUCUCAUCCUGCUGACUUCAGUCAUUUAUUGUAAAUAUUUCAUGUGGAAAAUGAAAACAACAGGUCUGACACCUACCCUCUUAUUCAAGUUUGAGGCAUUAAAGGCGACAUGGCCCUAUUUAAAGUAUUAAAGAUUGUUAGUCUAUUUCAAAAACAUGAAAAAUAAACUCCUGACAAGAGCUUUAAAUGCAUUUAUUCUCGAUCAGUUAAGUCUCAAGCAUUCAUAUAUCUAGUUAUCUUCAAAGGUCCUGAGAGGGGCUUUUGGUUUGUGUCACCUCUGUCACUUUUGCUUCUCAUUUUCCCCAUGUUUAAGUAGAGUUUCUGCAACAACCCCUCAUCCUGCUAAAUAUUGACAAUCUAAUGUGUCUCUAUUUACGAGUAUUAAUAUAAGAAGAACACCUACCACCUCAAACAAGUUUCAGGCAUUAAAAUGAGUAAAUAUUACUUGUCAAAGCUUCCGUUGAUUACACUGUGGAAUCAAGUGUUCGGUCUGUUUUUAUAACUGGCAAAAAAAAAAAAAAAAAAACUGACAGAAGCUUUAACUCAUUUUCCAGAUUUACUGUCUUUAAACUUUAUCUGAGUGAAAAUGUUUGGAAGAAAAACUGAAGUAGCAAUGAUCUUUUGAAAAAAUGAAAAGGCCAAUCAAGCCUAUUUACUUUUUAUGUAUAGAACAUAAUACUGUAUAAAGACAUUGGUUUUAAAAUCAGAGCCUGCAAAACUUCAUUUAACUCUAGGAAAAUGUAGCCAUGAUAGUAAGAAAAAAUGAAUAUUAACAGCCGGAGGAAUAGAAUAAGAUAAUGAAUGAGAGAUAACACUUAAAUAAAAGGGCAGACUACUCUCCAACCAAAGCUGUGCACAUAAACAUUUUCUGCACCAAAAGGGCUUUAAUUUCAUUUUUCCAACAAAGACUUUUCCUUUUUGUUUUUAGUGUUCUUGCAGCAGGAUAAGGAAUUAUUCAUCUUGAAAAUAAGUGUGUUUGAACCUGUGUAAAGACCAAAAAUACUAAUGUAAGAGAUAUUCAAGGAAAGCUUUACAAACUGAGGGAAGGAAACCGACUAAGAGGGAAAAAGGGAAAAAAGAAAGUGUUUUUGUGUAAGCUCAAAAAAUGUCUUGCUGACCCCAUACACCUGACAAAUCCACAUCGAACAUCUUACUUUGUGUUUAAAGUAAGGACCAAAUCUAUUUUGAUCAGUCAAAAAUAUCUACCAAAAGUUUAAAAAAAGAAAAAAAAUUACUUGCCAAGUAAAGACUGUUGUUAUUCAUAACAACCAAUCCAGGUCAUAUUUUUAACCUGCAACAUCCUAAAAUAAGAAAUAAGGCCUGUCAGGUAAAUGUGGCUCAUAUGAAGUCUAAUUAGACUUUUUUUUUUAAUUAGAAAUAAGACAAAAACUGCUCAGUUCUGAGUUUUUGUAGUGCUAAUGUAAGAAUAUGUCCGUUAUCUUUGGAUUAUAAAAGUGGCUGCAGAUACUUCGAUGUAGGCCCAAAGGACUGUGUAAUCAGAUCCACAUACCAUGCAUUUCAGAAAUUUGUCAGUCCUAGUGUCGGCAGACCUUCCUGUGGGUGCCAAUGUGUGGGGGACAGUAGACAUCACCACGUCCUGUGUACAAAGCCUGAUGUGAUGUAACAAAUCCUGUCCCAUUUCAAGGUUAAAAUCUCAGUGCUGUCUCUUUGAAGCUCUGUUUGAAAACCAGAAAUACAGGAACUGCCUUAAAAGGACAGUGAUGGGACCAGAGAUGUUAGACACAAAUGUUAGACUGAGUUCAUAUCCACUAACUUCAUCUAAAAACUUGAGAAAUAUAGAAACAGUUAUUGUUGGAGGCAGAGACUCUUCCAUCAAUCCGUUAUUGACUUCAUUCAGAAACGAGGUUCAAGUGUCAGAUGAGGAGGAAAUUUAAGACUGCAGCAGUCAGUCCGAGGGACUCUCACCCAGUUUUGUGAAAUGUUCUCUUGUCUUUAUUCGGACAGAGUUUUCCUCGCCCAGUGUGCUGGUUGUUGUAACUUAAGAUUGAAAGGCACCUCUGCACAAGCAGACAAUGAAAACUGUUUCUUCAUCAGCUUGUAGUACACAGAAAUAAUUCUUAACAACAUUUCUUUUAUUUGAAGAAAAAGCAGCUCAGUUCACUUUCAUUAAAUGUUAACACAGCUGGUGCAGGAAUUUAAAUGAAGAUGGUAUAGCACAAAUGUGAGAGCUGCACAAUUCCCAAGUCUGUUCUCUUCUAUUACACAGAAAUUCAAAGUUCUCAUUUCUUUUCUUUUAAAAAUGGGGAGCCUUUCCUACAGUUCAGUAUCUUCAAUUGUCUUAAGAGACUUUAAAUAUUAGAGAUUUCCUCUAUUAAUCAGGAGGUUAAAAAAGGAAUCUUUUCUUUUCUUCAUCUUUUUUUCAAAGACUAAAAAAGGUUUUAAUGUACUUCAGGGAGGGACUUUUAGUUUGUAGUGCAUCAUACGCACAUGUCUAAAGCUUUUUAAGGCUUAAUACCAAUCCUGAAAAGUAAUUAUAAGCAUCCUUACUGACUUAUAGCCAAGUUUAUGAAAUGUUAUAUGCAGUGAACAUAAUGCCAUAUAAAAGUCGGUUUAUAAACCAUCAUACUUCGAAGAAAAUCUAACAGUGUCAAUUGAAUUCUGGGUUUUAGAAUACACUGUAACUCCAACAACAACUUUUUCUAGUAGUAAACAGUUAGGAAAAAACUCAGUUACUGCAUUAUAAGAUGUCAUAAUUUCCAUCAUUUAUAAUAAGGAAGUGUCUGAUUAAUACUUGCAGUGUGAUACAGCAUGACCUUGGUGCACCGCAGAGAAUCAGAAAUACAGUAUACUGUUGCUUCUUAUAAUACACUGAAUGAGUUAAUAAGAGCUGUUAUAACUGGAUAAAUAAAUCAAACCCUCAGUAUGUUCACUGAUCCUAACAUUUCAUGAACUUGAAAUGAUAAAUUAUAAAGAAGCUGCCCCCUGAACAUGUCAACACCAUAUUUUAACAUCAUGUUGUUUAUUAGAUAUAUGUUGAAACAAGGAAACCAGGAAAACAUUUUAAUCUUACAAGUUUGAAAUGUCCUCAUGAAAACAACAGAAACAAUGGCUGAUCUGGUUUAUAUUGAGAAGGACAUAGAUAUAAUAAUCAAAGGUUAUUUGUGAAAACCGAAGAAAUGUCACUUUGUAAAUUUGGAAAAUCAGAUUCUACAGAAUGAUUAAACUUGAUGAAGCCUUAUUAUUUCCCUCAGACACUUGUUCAUGUGAUCCUUUUCAAUCUCAACGUUAUUAUACAAAGAUUGUGCAGGCAAAGACAUGACAUAUUUGAUCAUUAAGCUACAGGUGUGUCCUUUCAUACUUUGUUUUACAUCAUUUGGUACGUCAGGUUUAGUUUACAAAAAGCCAUGCUUCAGCAUGUGUAAUCACAGCUUUAUUUUGAGCACAUGCUUCCUUAUUUGUGUAGUGAAGUGUGUUGCAUAACCAUGAGAGAGGAUGUUUUAGAUUCUGGUUAUAUAAAGUGUUUGGUGGAUGAUGAGCGGAGCACGAGUAUGAAAACAACAACAAAAAACAACCUUUUUUCCGAGCAUGAUAAGUCCAGUUUUCAGUGUGAAAUCUGUGAUCUGUGCUCUCUUGUCUGUCAUUCAGGGUUUGAAAUAGUUCAGACUCUCAGCCGCAGAAGUGGGAAACUUUUGAACGCUCUGAUCAUUUUAUCAAAGAAAGAGCUAAAUCUGACUCUUUCCUUGUGUUACAGUUUGUUAAAAAAAUCUGUCGCCACCAUGCCCAUCCUGAAAAAACUUCCAGGAAGGUCCAAGAGCUGCCACGAGUUCCCCAGAGUCAACGGGGAGCUGAUCCUGCCCCGGCUGGACCUGGACCUCAGGGACUUGAACGACCUGAAUGAUCUGAAGGAACUUAACGACCUGAAGGACCUGAACAAGAGCCUGAAUCCGUUUGAUGAUGUGGACCUGGAUGAUGAUGAUGAGAGGAAUGGGGGUGAUGUGGGCCUCAUCAUGGGGGAGGUCAGGGGUAACCUCCAUCUCAGGUCCUCCCGUGAUGGUGAAGAGGAGGAAAACGAGGUGAACGCAGAGAGGCAUGGGGCCGGAAACCCUAAAGGGAAACCCCUUAGAGGGACUCUGGAGCGGAUCUGUGGAUCCUCACCUCUGAAAACCCUUGGAAAACUGGGGAAGGGGCUUCGUAUAUCAGGACGCAAUGUGUGGGGACACAACUCCCCUCAUUACAGCCCCGGGGACUCGAACACACUGCCACAUGAGAAGGAGAAAAAGAAAGGACUACGCAGGAGUUCAGAAGGGAUUAUGACCCUGCUACGGUGAGGAAGACUAUAGGGAGGAAGAAUGUUAAUCAGCAUGAGUUACUUGAUUAAAUGAAGUGUCAUAAUUUGCUGAUUUUCAGAACUGAAACUGUCAAAAGUUGAUAUUUUACCCAUUUUUGAUGAGUCUCAGUUUAGCUGCUUUAUGAGAUGAGUCAAACAUCCUUGAAGAAGCCGUACAUGGUUGGGUGCAUCACCUCUGAGUUUAGGAUUGUGUUAGAGGAUAAAUAUGUAAACUAUCAGUCUCUUGUAAACUCAAUCACUCUUAUUUGUUUGAGAUGAUAACUUCUGGAUAGCUCUAUGGCUGAAGGCCCACCUCAACUCUACCUUUUGUCUCUUAUGGUACCCCUUAUCACUACGGACUCAAAAGCUCCAUGUCACAGCAAUGAUGUUACUGAGACUACAUUCAUGUUUUAACAGAAAAUGGCUGAUAGAGAGAAAGAUAGAGAGAGAGAGAGAGAGAGAGAGAGAGAACAGCUCUACCCUCAUGAUGAAGUCCUGAGAUGAAAAUAAAAGAGUCAGCAGUAAAGAUGAAGCUUUAUCUUCACAAGGCACAAGAGCAGGUUUCUAGGUUGGUGAGUGAAUUCCUUAAAAAAACUACAAAAACACCCCCUCGAAUGAUACAGGACCUAAAGCUAUCCUACAAUAAAAAUGGUCUGUUGAGAGCCAGUCCAUGAGUCUAGGAGGGGACCACCUCACUGUUGUAGGUCAAUUAUAGAACAGCCUAUAGUCUGCUUAUUUCCUGCAGUUAUGUAAUGUGUUAUAGUAACUUGUUGACAUUGGGAACCUCUUUUGUUUGUCGCUGACAUGUUGUGUACUCGCUGAAUGGGACUAUAUUUAGACUCAGUUAAACAGGUGUGUGAAUGUGUUGCAUUCCAGUCAUAGCUGCUAACAAGCCAAACUGUCCAGUACAAUGAAAGCUGCAGUCUUAUUGUGAGCUGCUGCAGAGAUAAUGCAUAACAUGGGGUCAGCGGCUGCACACAUUCAUGCCCUCUGUCUCUGCUGUUGGUGCUGUGCAGGUUCACAGGUCGACGUAAAGAAGAGCGCAGAGAGAGCCUGCCAUGUGGAAACCUGACCAUCGACAGUGAAGUAGAAGCAUCCAGGCGGCCCUCCUUCCUCAAGAUGGUCAGUCUGGGCAUGCUAAAGAGAGAGUCGAUGUCAGAUAAGGCGUCCUCCCAAGAGGCCGAGGAAGAAACCAUGGAGGAGGAGCCAGUGGUGAAAACCAGAGAGCCCCUCUCAGGUAGCAAGAAAACACCUGCUAUCUAAAAAGUUCAAUCUGCAUGAGACUGAUCUUGGUUUGGACUGUGAUGGAUUAGUAAAAGUACAGAUAUCACAGCAGCCCAAACCUGAAGCUCUGAAAUCCUCUGUUGAACAUUUUCACCAAGCAGUAACCUCUGUGCUGAAAAAUGACAAGUGCAGUUCUUAGAGCAUCCACUAGAGGCUGGUUCUAAAAGCCUAGGAAUCCUAAUUAGAGUCUGUACCAAAAUGACCAAAUCUCAUAAAUCCAAUAAGUGUUGACAGCCUGGUUCUUCAAACAACUAUGGUCUAUUGAACAAGCAUGUUUUAUACACUUCUUACUGAUUACCAAGCUGCAUUAAAUCUUUGAUGCUGACUGGUCAAAACUCAACACUAGAGACAAGCCAAGAACACACAUCAUGUCAAAUCAAUCCUCAAUAAAUAGUUUUGACAUACUGUACUUCUUCUUGUUAGCACCAAAGGCAAAGACGUUAGUUUCCAUUAGCAUGCUAUAUUGUUGGGCAGAACAAUACGGAUGUUUUAAUAUUAGACUCUCAGACAGGACUGCAGAGCUGGUGAGUGCAUCUCUCCAUUAUCAAUCGCUACAAAGAAAAAAAAAACUUACUAGUGGUAAGUACACUACUACACUACUAGUGGUAGUGCUAAAAAAACAACAACACUGUUAAAAGUGUUAAAAGUUUUUUAUGAAGAAGUAACAACUCAACUGACGUACGUAUACUCCCAACAUGAUCUUCAUAGUCCACCGAUCCUUCACAACACUUGUUUUCAGAGCAACAUCAGCAACCAAAUCUCAAAACCUGGUGCUUGAUGGGAAAACUUCUUCACCAGGAGUUUGAGUGAUAUCAGAGAAACUUGAACCUCCUGAUUAGGCUUCAGCAGCACUUCCUUCAGCUCCUGGACGACUCUCUGAUGAGGCUGAGAGGUCCCCAGGUCCCUGAGUCAUUGGGUUCAAUCACCACCAGACUGUGAAAUCAGGAAAUGACCGCACUUCCCUCAGCCUCGGGUUCCUCCAGAUAGACGUUCAACCAAGCUACUGUUCACAGACUCCACAGGGAACUGGAGGAAUAAGCAACAAAUAGCAUAGUUUUAUCAGUUAUGCACACUUAAAGCAGCUUCAUAUAUUAGAAACAAAAACUGAGCAAUUAUCAAAUAAACUCACAAAGUUUCUUUCUACUUGUUCCUCACAGUGCUGGAGAUCCUGCAGCUGGUCAAUCACAGGGACCUACUCCUGGCCGACACACACAUUCAGGAACUGGAGCGAGAGUGUGAGCUGCUGUCUCUCCUGCCCAAUACAUCCAAUCCAAGCCUCACUUCUACCCUCAGCCCCAGCCCCCCUCCCAGCAUUAUUCCCCUAUCGUCCUUAUCCUUAGAUGAAUCCCUCAGUUCCAAUGCAACACUGGAUUCAAGCAGGCGUAAGGCUAAAGAUGUGGAGCUUCUGUACGAGGCCCUGCAGAGGGAGAUGUGGGAUGUAGUGCGGGAGUCCCUCCGCCAACCGAGUGCAGGGCCCAACCUGGGGUUGGUGGUGCUGGUGAUCCAACAGGAGGAGCAUGCUGAUGCUGCCUGGGCCCUGAGAGAGGAAACAAAACCAGAGCGAGAGGAGCCCCAGACUCAGCCCAGCCACCGCCCCAGGCGGCUAAAGAUGAAGUGGAGGCAAGCUGUGGCUGAGGCCGCAGACUGGAGCUUACCCCAUCAAGUAGACACCCAGGCGGGCCAGCUGGCCUCAUAUCUGGAGCGCCUGAGGAGUCGGAUGGUGGAUGACCUGGACGCAGCAAGGAGGAAUGCUGUGUCCAUUUAUCCAGAGGAGUUUGCCGCCUUCCAGGUGUAUGUGGAGAGUUACCAUCGAGCUGUGGCCAAACGACUGCGGACCAUCACAAGCGGCCCACUGCAGAUCACAGACGUCUACUCACUGCUGGACUGGUUCUACAACAUCUACAACAGGUAGAGUGCUCCGACCAGACUGAGAUGCUCUAAUGCAAUACUGAUGUAUUACACUUGGGCAACAAACUUGAACUUCUUGAGUAACGACCUGUAAUUCUUUUCCAGGGAUGUCCUUGGAACCAUUAGUACAACAACACCAAUCAGUUAUUCACCACUGGAGCCAAUCCUGCCCCAAAACACAGUGGACCGGCUGGAGCAAGACUGCAUCAGUAUUGUCAGAGUAAGAGAUCUCUCGACUUUACUUUGGAAAAAUCUGCAUCACGGAUAUCAAAAUAACAUUAUAUCAAUCAUUUUGCAUUUUGUCGUUGCCAUAAAUACAACAAACUUCAGCUGACCUUUGGCAGAGACAGCACAGAUAAAACAGACACAACAGUGAGAGGCACUGCUGGCUGAAGACACACAGAAAAAGUGUCACAAAGUAGUCAGGGUAUAAGCUAGAGCCACUUCAGCCGUCAUGCAGCAAACAUGCUGCCAGUCUGAAACAGCAUUUGAUUUUUUAAAGUCAUUUUUUAAAACCCACAACCAUCUAAUCCACUCUCAGAAAUUAUCCUGAGACCCUCACUGAGGUUUUGAUCCCAAUGCAAGAAAAUGUGUCAUUUUAAAAUCGAUGAAGUGUCAAAAUGUAAAAGAUUAGGCCAUGUCCACUUCCAAAUCCAGCCUCUACAUAAGAUAAUAAUCUAAUAUAAUGCUGUGACUUUCAGGAGAAGGUGACUGUGGAGCUGAUUCAGCUUCUGGAUGAGGAGGAGAGGCGAUGGGCCCAAACUCUGCAUAUAGAGGAGUUUCAGUCCCACCUGGCACGUUCAGUCAUCCAGGUACAUCACUUCCUGGUUUCACUUAAAUGCUCUUUAUCAUCUUCUGGGAUGUUAUUUAAGGAUACAGCUGUCUUAUUGAUCAUGUCUGUUAUAAUUCCAGAGAAUAAAGGUGGACUUGGACAGAUCCACAUCUGUGAACCAGUUUCUUGGGGCCAGAGUGGCUCGUUGUAGUCUCAUUGGACUCGCAGAUUUUCUCUACAAGUGAGUACAUGCUUUUAGAGAGUUUUUAAAUCUCUUUAUGAAAAAGAAAUGUGUUUGUAAAAAAACAUAAAUUGCACAAAAGAAUCCUAAUGUAUUGAUGUACAGAAGGUUAAAACAAAAUCUAUGUAAGCAGGUGAAAAGUGUGUCAGUUGUCAUCAUUGUACACUGGUCUUGUCUUGGUAUGAAAACAGUGUGUUUUUCUUAAACAUGUGUCUUCAGUUUCCAGAGGAAAGCUGAGAUGUUUCAUGAGACUCAGGCAGAGUUUGGAGAUCGAGGGGACGGAUACGUUUCCAGGACCAUCGCUCUGGUCAACUGUUGUCCUCCUCUCAGGUCUGAAAACACUUAUUAUUUCUUACCUUAAUUAAUUGGCAUUAUGCCUUUUCAAUAUGCUGCAGUAUUUCAGUGAAAAAGUGAGUUCAAUUACUCAUGUACUUACUGUAGAUCCUUAGUGGAGCGCUGCAGGCAGUGUGACCCACAGGGCAGCGAGGAGUCAGCCCAGAGAGCAAACUCGUCCCUGGACAGGAUCAUCAACCAAUCAGUGAGGGUGCUGUGUGACCGACUGUUUGAGCACAUCAGGGUGAGUAGCUCUUAUCUAACUAGAUUUACACCAUGGGCAGGAUCACUGAAUGAGAUUUCUGUGACUGAUGGACUUAAAUCACCUGAGCUCUUUUUGCACUGAGAUUCAGACACAGCGCCAUGAUGCAUUUGUGCUGUAAACUUGCACCCUGUAAGAGUUUGGUAUGUAGCUGUGUUUUCACAAAACAGUCAGGCUCAGAUCAGUACUCAAUAACUCUUAGUGUACCCUAAUGUAGGGGCUCAGUCAACUGAUGUACCAUAAUACAUCAUGGUUCAAUUUUAAUCACAAUGGGGAAAUUUGCAGUGUUAACAAAGGAUCAGCAUAGCAAACACAGAAAAAUAAGUACACUGAUCAUGCUCAGAUAAUAAUAAAAAGUUAACUUAGACCUUAGACCAAACUGUAACUAAAUUGGCCCACUUGGUGGAAAUGUACUGUGAGCAUUGCAGUCAGUGGCCAUGAUGUUGCAGAAGCACAAGAAGCUCAACAUGUAAACUCACCUUUCAGUCAAGUGUCUUUUUCACACACUUACGACUGCUGCUCUGCUGCACCAGUGUGGUCUGAAACCAGAACACAGAGGUGGGACAGUUUCAGAAUGUUUUGUGUUGUUAAAAUCCAAAGCAUAUCAAAAUAUGCUAUAUUUAGAUAUUUUAAUUCUGUUUGAAACCAGAUUUUAAAACGGGUACUGAAAAAGCAUAACUACAGUGAACCUACAUGAGCCAAAUAGGAUGCUAAUACAUUUAUGCAAUGAAUUCAGACCUCAGUCACAUCCCAAUUUAUAGAUGAACUCUGAAACCAUUGUGUAUUUACAAUAACAUUACUCAAAGAGGUGAUGCACCGCUUGAUGUAGGUCUAGAUUUAAGUAAUCGAGUAUUCUACCGAAUACUCCAUCAAUUAAUUAAUUGGAUUUUUUUUUUUUUUUUUUUUCUCUUUUAAAGAACAAUUAUCGCAGAACAAUCGGGGAACAAUAGCGGAACAAGCAUGUGCGGUUGCGAAUUGCAAUACUCAUAAGAAAACUUCUUAUGAUAUUAACUUUCAUCAUGUCCCUAAAGACAUUAGUGUAAGAGAGCUGAAUAGCUUCUAUGUUACCUGCUACUUCUACUACACUGGCAAUGUUAGGCUGCAAGCCAGCAUGAGGAGGAGUGUGCAGAGCAGCGCUGUCUCUGCCCACGACUCAGAUGCGACUUGCUAAUGAGCUACUGGAGCUGUGCAAAAGAAAAACCCCUCUCAUCAUUCAUAUUUUACACUCCGCAGAACCAAAAUCUCGUUACUACUCCUUCUACUGUGGUGACGUAAGCGCGUCGUGUCACCUUGAAAAUAGUCUGUGCCAAACAAUGACGAUUUGAGUUUGUAAACGAGUACUUGGGGCAGAGAAAAUUACCCAAUCAUUUUUUGUAAUCGAGGUACUUGAGGAAUCAUUUCCACAGAGUCAGUCACUUUCCUCUGCAGUCAGUAAACAAGUACCUCAAGUUUAUGCAAAUGCAGUACCGUGAUUAUGUGCUUAUUUUCUUUGCUACACUGUAAUUUAUCCAUUGUUGGUCUGUUGUCGUUGCAGCCCUUCUUUGACAAGUUGAUCAAAAGAAAAUGGUUGAACAACACAGAGGCGUUUGAGGCUAUUGAAGCCAGCAUCAAACAUCACUUCAAGAAGUUCAGGAGGAUGGACUCUCCACCAUAUCAGGUACUCCAGUGCAGACAGAGUGAAUCUCAUAUCUGAACACUGUCCAACAAUUUUCGUCACUCAGUUUUUUUUUUUUUACAAUCGGCUGACAGACUCUGGUGGGUGAGGUGCACCGCAGGGUCCUGGUGGAGUACAUAAGAGCCAUAAUGCGAGGACGGGUCAUCUGCACAUCCUCCAAGAUGAGGAAAAGGAUGGCGAUCCGCCUGCAGGAUGAAGCCAAGCAGCUGAAAGGACUCUUCAAGGAUCUGGUGAGUCUCCUCUUUUGAACCAGGCACUGUUAUCAGAGAGGACACAUUUAGCCAAACAAAGCACUGCUGUAUGUUAAGGUAAAGCAGAGGUUCAUAGCUCAGUUCCAUUGACUGGGUCUUGAGUGCCCGUGCAGGGCUGCAUAGUGUGAAGGCUGUGCAUGGAGCCUGACCCUCCAACUUCCCAGGUCAGGAAUAACUCAGACAAUGUUGAUACAGUCAGCUCUGAAAAACGGCUGCCGUCAGUGAGAUGAAGAUGGAUGGACUUCGCUUACGUUAGCACUUGCCGGAGGAGGGGAAGAGUUUGUUAAACAUCCAGGCCUGACAGCCUGGCAUUUGCCCCCUUUUCUGCGAGGAGUUCAAACAAGUGUCCGUCACCUCAGCUGACAACAGGAAGCCGCAGUGUUCAGGAGGAACUUCCUGUUCCUGUCAGCUGGCAGGCUUUGAUGUGGCUUUGGGAUGGCCUUGAUGGCCUUUUUUCUGCAGAGGCGAGGGAAGAAGUGUCUCUGGAAACUGGAAGCUUGUGGGUGGGGGGUGGGGUUAAGUUUUUAAUGGCUGUCUAAAAAAGACGUCGUUAUUUUUAGAGAAUGCCAGGCCAAAGAAUCCUGCUUUCUCCUUCCGCUGUGUGUGGAGCAACAACAAGACUGAGAAAAACAGAGGUGGGGCUCUGUUUUCCACUCAGAAAAUCACCUUCAUGUUUGACCCCUGGCCUGGAGAGGCAUUAAUCGGUCCCUCAUCUGGAGGUUUGACUGUUUAUCGUCUUGAAAACACAGUUUUUGUCUGCAGAGGAAUUGAUCUGGAUGCAGUGGAAUUAUAGCUAACACUCACAAUUAUCUUAUUGAUAGACCAUAGAGUGAUCGCAGUAUACGAUGAUCUCAGCCUCAUUGUUCGAAAAGUGGAGCUGAUGCUUAAGUGCCUGUGAGCUGCAUGCUUUCUAAUGGUCAGCAGGGGGAGACUCCAUAAAUCAUAUACACUGAUUUAAAAACUGACCAGAAACAGAGCUGACUUCUUAUACGUAAUAUUAUCUCAGUAAAUAUAUGUCCCCCAGAGUUUAUGGUUAAAAUCAUGAAUUAUAGGACUAAUUUAAAGCUUCUGUGAUGAGUUUUUGCCUGGUUAUGAAGAAGUUAAAAUGAACAUAGAUGCCUCUUUAAGAACUGUAAAAGCAAAAAAGAUAAACAGAGUAAAGGGGUAUUUCUAUGUAAACAUUCAUUGUCUGAAUCCACUGCCAGGGGGUUUGUGUCAGGAAAAGAAAAUGGACCCCACCGAACAGAUUCUGGACUAGUAAUAAAAGACGAUGGAUUACAUUACAUUUGUGCAUUGAGGAGCAAAUGAAGCCCUGUGAAACUCUUUCUGUCCCAAAAGGAAUUUGAAGCCUUGAAGAAUAAUCACAGAAAAUGCAGUGACAUUUGGUGUAAAGCUGUCGACCAUCUAACUGAGAGUCUGAGGCACCAGUGCACCUCUAUUCACAAUGUUAGUCCAUUUGAGAAUUAAAGUCUGAGAGGCCCACACUUGACAUAGCAGUUGUUUAGUUGUGGUAAAUGAUUUGAUGAGGACAAAUCAACAAUUCAGCAGCAAAAAGUUGUAUUGAACAAAUCAAAGUAGUAUCAAAAAGAAGAUUUAUUUGACAACAAAUGCACGCUUUGGUGCGAGACAUAUCUUGACCUCAAUGGGUGAUGGUGCUUAUGGGAAAUGCAGUCCUCAUCCUGGUGAAACACGGCAAAGUUUGGUGCAUGAUAGUAGUCUUGUAAAUUAGUGUCAAAUUAAAAGUGAUGUAACAGAUGCUAAUUGUCUCAGUUUUUACUACGACACCAAAAAGUAAUAGCAGGAGCCACAACAGACAACAGCGUGACUAGAGUUACUGUGCCUUUCACAGCACUUUUUCAGCUCUCCUCUCUCUGGUCCUGGCACCUGGACAGACCAAAGGUUCCUACCUUUGUUUCUUAGGAAAUCAUUUGCAGUCUCUGACCUUGCCCUCCAAACAAGAUCCCAGUUUGAAAGAUCCCUCAACUGAGACCAAAUGGUGAAACAUUGCACGCAAUUUUCUUUGGGAGUGGAAAGAGCAAAAGAAAGAAAGAAAGAGCAGGGUGGAAGCCAUCAUCAAAAUCUUGGUGUGUGCCUUGCAUACUCCGUAUAGCCCACACUUAAAUCAUAAGUGAGACUGAACAAUUGCUGUGCUGCCUUGGUUUCGUCUGAAGGCGUCUUCAGCAUCUUCCCUGUCCUUCCUCAGAGAACGGUGUUCGCGCUGCCUCUCCCCUAAACUGAAACUCACUGAAACUUUUUAUUAACAGCUCAAAUCAAUGUAAAAUAAAAUUGGGAGUGUGAGGGCUUUGAAUCUAAGUUUACGGAGGUCUGCUGCAUCUUCAACACAGAGAGGAGAGCAGGGAGAGAGAGGCUGUCGUAAUCACAAGCAUGCAGGGGUGCAAACAAGCAAAUGUUUGCCAGAGUGACAAAGUCUUGAAAUCAUAAGAUAUGUUUUAUGAAGGCCCAGCACACUGAUUGAUUUGUUCGAUCUGCAGCCUGUGAUACAUGUAUUUGUGACUGAGCUAUGAUCCAUUCCACACAGUGUAGAAGCAUUGACUCAUGGUCCCAUUCAGUUCCGUUUAUACUGUCCAGUUAGACAGACAGAAAGACAUGCUUUGGUUCCAUGUAUUGUGUUUUCCAAAGAAUGAAGAGUUUUUUGGUUUUGAAGAGGUUUUAAAUCACUGUAGUCAAUUUGUCUUAAAUGAAUCUGAUUUUUUUUUUUGGGUUUAAUAAAUAACUGCUGUGCUUUUUGUCUGUCUGCAGGAGUCAAGCUCAUCCUGGUUGGACAGCGUCAUCAGCCACCUGGCUGACAUCAUCCUGCUGGAGGACACUCCUUCCAUCCAGAUGGAGGUUGCUGUCCUGGUGAAAGAGUUUCCAGAUAUUCGGUGAGGGCUUGAAAUGAUUAUCAGUUAGGACAUAUUUAUUACAACCAGGAUGUGUCUAUAAAAACAGAUAUUCACUGCACUGUACCCCCAGAGGUCCCAUUCUCUUUUCUGCUUACCGCUACACAUUCACACUGCUGUUUUUGGCCGUCAGCCAAGCAAAGAAAAAUGUAAGACCGUGGAUGUUUUUUUUUGUCACAAUGGAUCAAAACAAGGAAAAGAAGUGCGGAAACAUAUCUACAUUAACUUUGCUAUUUUUGGAGAGGACGAGGGUCUGUUUUGAGAAUGGAUGAGGCUGAGAGGCCUCAUGGGGGAGUCCCAGCCAUUCGAGCUGUUUGUGUUUAAGAUUAAGACUCAGGUGACGGUCGGCAACCUACGACCGCAUGUGACGCACUACCCUCUGUGGAACAGACAGGAAGCUGCUGCCGAGUACUUCCUGUUCCUGCCACCCUGCAGGAGACAGACUGGUGCCACACUUGGAAUCAAAGGGGGAGAGGUGUAGAGAGGAGAGUAAAACAUAGUAGUUCAGACCUGCAGACAUGCUAACUCACUGCUUGGCUCACCCCCUUUUGUUUACUGUAUGCUGGUAUUUUCGGAGAUCAAAGCCUGCUGACCUUCCUCGAGUCCAUUCAUGAAGACAUGACUGUACCUACACAUGGGCAUUUGAUCAAACCUCUAAACACACAGCUUGGCCAAUGCAUUGUUGAUGAGUGAAACAGUCAUAUAACGCUGUGAAAAUUAGGUCAAGGAGUUUUUCUAUCUAGGUUUGGUCUCCUGAGGUAGCUCUAAUUCAUCAAGACUAAACACGAAUCCUUCUAAUUGGGCUGAAUCCAGGGCUACUGUAUGUAGCUGAUGAUCUUGUUCAGUCUCUUUAGAAGGAUGUGGACAGGAUAACAUGUGUCUGUAUUUGAAGAUGGUUAUAACUUUUGUAUAUUUUUGUCAGUUUGAGAUAUCGUAUCACAAACUCAAAGUAACAACAGAGUGAGCUGGUCAUCCUUUUCUGUUAGCAAUUCUACUUUGCAUCGCAAUGAACUGUGGGAUUUGUGGCAUAGUAUGUCAGUGACCAUCAGGUGUUUGAGGGAAGUUCUCACACAUAAUUCAGACAGCACAAAGUGGUCUGUGAGUACAGUCUGGAAGUCUGUCAUGGAAGUAGGAUGUUUGCACAAGUGUUGUACUUUGGUUAUUUGUCAUUACAAAAUCCGUCUGUGAGGCAUGGAGAAUUUUUGGCGAUUUAAAUGACAAUGAAAAUCUCUGACAGGAUUUUCUUCUCAGAAAGUGGAACUAUAUUUUCUGCUAUUUCCCAGAAACAGUUGCCAUGACUCAAAUAGCUGUGGCUCUUACUAAGAGUCCUGGCAGCUUUUGACGACACCAAACAGACCUGAUUUCCAUUAACAUCAGUCUGCCCCUCUUCCUCUCUGCAUCCUUCCUCCCCACAGGAAGAAGCAUGUCUCCACCCUGCUCAACAUACGGGGCAUGAUGCGGCAGGCAGAGCGCCAAGAGAUCCUCAACAUUGUCAAAGACUUCGAAUGCCGCAGUGCCCUCAUGAGCCGGGACCAUGCACUCUUUUCCGAUAUCCCCAUCACCUCGGAGGUUCACUGCAUCAGCCUUGGUUUCCUCCGGCUUGCCAUGACCGUCUCCAACUGGUUCUCAGAGCAGCGUCUGAGGAUAAACCGCAGGACAAGUGCCAGAAGUGCAGCAGCUCAUCCUGCUGAGGGCCAGAACACAGAGGACAUGAUUAAAGCACACCGAGAAGACUAGCUAUGGGUGUUCAGAGUGAAGAUACUCAUGAGAUGUACAUGCACCUUGACCAAAAACUGAUUGUACCAAAAUAUUGUUACCAGCCACUUAAAGAGACUUGACCUCAGGUACUGCACGUACUGUACACGCUCUCUGACUUAUUCAUCUUUCUCCAUCCCCAGAUGUGCAUUUUUAAUCGAAAUGUGAAACUGGCUGUGAGCUUUGGUAUGUUGAUGUUCAUCUUAAGGAAAAGAAGUGAUGUUAAAUUGUGUUGAGUAAACUAACGAAGCUUUUGUCCAUUGCUUGGACUAUUGUGGACUCUGAGGUCCUCUGACACAAGAGGGAUGUCCCAGUCAUUAUUUUUCCUGUUACCUAUGAUGCACACUUGAAGGUUUGCAGGAAUCAGCUUGAAAUAGCACAAAUUCAUUCAUUUUAUAAUAGUUAAGAGACUUAUUUAGCAUCUGGAAAGACCCCAGUGCUAAUAGAACAGCAUCACUGUUAGAGAUCCUGGUGCAAGUGACAAGAUGUUCAAUGAAGAUGCAAUGAUCUCUAAGGAGCAAAAUGCAACCUCUCUGGUAUACAGAGUGACCAGAGGCUUCAGGGUAGAAAGGUGGAGGUCAGGAUGAUGUAGACGCAGCAACAGCAGUGGGAGCACUGUGUAUGUUGGGCUCCGGUGUAGCAGAGAUGAGUGAGAGGGAAGUUGAUUCAGAGGGACUGCCUUGAGGUGUGGAUGUGCUGUGAUUGGUGUGUCAGAGAGUAGAGGUGAUGAUUCAAUCAUCAGGCUGUCGACUGAUUAUAGUCAGGGCGUGUGUCUGUCAUGUCCUGUAUGACCUAACGUGAUAUUUCAUUUUCAUAAAUCACAACAGGGAUCAUUAUCAGUGCCAGAAAUACAUCUUCAACAGCCCUCACUUAACGAGUCAGGAACAGGUCACUGUGGACCACACCUGACAUCUCUUACUGUCAAUGCAUGAUUCACAGACAAAGUUAGUGCUCUGUUUGAACAGUAAAACAGCAUCAGUGUGAUUUUUCCUGUAACUGAAUCAUGAAAAAAAAAAACUUGUACAGAGUGAGUGGCUGUUCACUUUAAAUUUUAGGGAACGUUUGUCCAAAUUUAAAUGAUAAUACUUCAAGGGGCUCUAUUUUCGUGCCUCACCAGCGACGUGGCGCAUGCGUGGCGUAAGUCAGGUCCGCCACACCGACAAGGUGUUCCCAAGCACAAUUUGGUAUUUUUUUCCCCCCUAACUCAGCUCCUUCCAGCGGCGUAAGUCGUAGGGAGGGAGGAGAGAGGGCGUUGAGUGGGUUUAACACAGCCGAGACCUGUUUUCACCAAUCACAUCAGCUCCUCUCCUUGCCUUUAAAUCCGCCACUGUCGAGGCAUAUUACAAUUUUCAUGAAGUAGUCAAAGAGAUGUCUGAAGACAGCAAUGCCAAACAAUGACGACAGAAGGCAGCCCCUCAACAAUCAUCGCUGUAAGUGCUGCAGAGGGCGUCCUGUCUCAUAUAAACACGGACGGAUUUGGUGUGUGUAAUGUUGGACCCACUGGUAAGACAAACACCCCUUCCCACUCACAUAAAGUUGCAUAUAUUUAAACCUCGCGUGACAAAGGUGGGUUGUGCGCACAGAUCAAAACAUAAAUUCCAAUAAUGGCAUUAAAAUCGGAACCAUCUGUGCAUAAAUGACGCGUCGCGCUCCGUGGCCUGGCUCUUUCUUUCAUAGAUGUUGGCAUAUAAAAUAAAUUUGGCUCAUAAAACUGAAUAUUAUAAUAUUCGUAUGUAGGCUUGAAGUAAAUAACUCAUCUGAUCACUGAAAUAAAUCAUCUGUUCAGCCGCCGCAGCAGCAGCUGCAGCAGGACAGGGAGAGGACACGGAGACAUGUCCAGGUCGAGCUGCAUGAGAAAUAAGAGGAAGAGGAAGUAAGAAAAGGAGGGAGGUGAAUUACAUAUCUUGUUCACUUCAUCAUGUGUGUCUAUUUACUAGAUAUUUAAUUUAAUUUAAUGCGGUUUCAGCUGUGUAGAUUCGAUCAGGUUGUGUGUCCAAACGCGUGCCGAACGCACUCAUCAGAUCAGAUAUAGAUCAGAAUAUUUCAAUAUAGAUCUAAAUGUAUUUGCUGACUCAGAAUAUUAGUUGUUGUUGAUUAUUUAUUGCACUGAAAUGUGCCUGACACUGUGGAAACCUGCCGGUGAGGCAUCGGUUACGUAUACCGAUACGACGCUGCUUUACCAAAAUACUACUAGACCAGCUGCGUUUUGCCUGCGCUGAAAGCUGACCAGGUUUGAAUCGGCGAGCUUUCAGCACACUUUAUACGCCACCGGCGAGCACGAAAAUGUCACUGCUCCAGCUGAUUCUGUCAACACCUCCCCCUGCCACUCCACCAUGCCCAGCUUGGCAUGGGCAUUUUUUUGGGGCAUUUUUUUACAGGAAAAGUGUGGAUCUUAAUUGUACUCAAUUAUAAAAUAUGAUUCAGUUUCUCAGGCAGGACGAGACUCACCAAUAUCCAAUGCAAAUCUGGUUCUGACAUCUUCACUACAUCAUUCUGAAUACAUCCUCGGAUUCCUUUACAGUAUGUUCAUAUGAAAAGUGUGUGUUCAUGUUCCUCUUGUUGAGAUUCAUGAAGACAAUGCUGCUCCAGUGAAGUGGGUCAUGUCAAUCUGCACUAGUGAUGUACUUAAGUGAGACAAGGUCUGUGCUGAGGGACCCAUUUCUCUAGCAAAUGUAUACAUUAGACUAUACAGUCCACAGGAGAGCAGAUACUCAUGCUGAUUUGGAGCAGACACUCACAGUUAUGGAGGGUUUAAUGGUUGGAGAUAGUUUUGUUUUCUGUCACCACCUCUGCUCCGCUGUUUUGGCAAAGAACACGGCAGGAGCCUCAUUUGUCCACAGAGCUGUCAAUCAUGACAUCACAUAUUGAAAAAAGGAGUCUCUUUGACAUAAAAUAAAAAUCUUAAAGCAACAAGCAGCCUUUUAUGCCCCAGCAAAUGCCUACUCAACUGCAAUGUCAUGUCAACAAAAUAAUAACAGAUAUCAAGAUCUGGCAUUGAAAUUGAGUCCAAUGGAUGCAGAUUCUACCUUUUCUUAUGUCGGGUAUUUGAAUGGGGGUUCGUACUGGAGCUGAGAGUCAUACCAGAUCAUGAACUGUUGUCAUGUCUCCUAACUAAACCAAAAGACAUCAUGAUGCCUUCUGCUUGCAUUUGUUAUUGUUUUGAAAAGUGGUUUAGAAAGUUUGAAGUCCAUUGUGAUCUGAAGCAAUAACAUCAUCCAUCAUCGUCAGUCUUUUAAGCCUUUUCAGUCUUUUUAGGUUUUUCAGUUUUUUUCUCCCCCAUUUCUCUGAAGAAAUACUUUAUCACAAACACCAUUUAAUAUGAUUUAAGAAGUUUUUCUUUUUAAACUGUAUUUACACUACCAUAUAUACCUAUUCUCUGACAUAAAGUCCAUAUGUAUGUUCGGAUAUAAUGUUUGGAAAUGUAAAUGUGUUGAACUUUACUGUGAAUGACAUGGAUCUGUUGCUGGAAACGUAAUAAAAACCCAUUGACUGGGUAGACUAAA